AUGUCAAUUGGACGACAGCGAUUAGGAGUUGGCAUUUUAGAUGACAACAUCUAUGCUGUUGGUGGCGAUGAUAAUACCACUGCAUUAAAUAGUGUAGAGGUAUUUGAUGUCGUGGAUCAAAAUUGGAGAAUGGUAACUAGUAUGACAGAUAAGAGAUAUGAUUUUGGAAUUGGUGCACUCAACAAUCGUUUAUAUGCAGUUGGAGGUGUUAAUUGUGAUGUUUUGAAAUCUGUGGAAUAUUAUGAUUCCACCCUUAACACGUGGACACUAGUUGCAGAUAUGUCAAAAUAUCGCCAAGGUGUUGCUGUAGGAGUCAUGGACGGUAUUAUGUAUGCUAUUGGCGGCUAUGAUGGAUCGAUAUAUCUGAAAAGUGUAGAAUGUUAUAGACCAAGUUGUGGAGAUGGAAAAUGGUCUUUUAUACCUGAUAUGCAUUUACCUUAG